AGUUUGCAGUACUUCCUCUUUAACUGUUGUUUUAAGGUUUCUCCAUUUUUCAGUCUGUCUGCUUAUUAUUAUAUUAUAAUAUUUUAUGUCUUACAAGUAUUAUCUGUACCAGCCUUUUUUUCUUCCUUUAAUUCUUUCAAAAUCUCAUUUAUUGCUGCUCUGAUCAUCAGUAACCACGGGAACUGCUUGGAUUAACUUGUUUACAGCAAGUAAUAUUUUUCCUGCCAAGCCAAGCAUUUAUAGAUGCUGAGCAAUUGAACCACAUGCUAACAAAUCUGUAGGACCAUUCUCACUUUUUGUGACUUCUUGUACAAAUGAAGAGAAGAGCAGAACAAUAAGCUUCUGUGGCUUAAAAAGAGAGAUUUGCUAAUUACUAGAGCAGCAAUGGAUUGCUCUCAGGUGGGAAGAGAGAGGAAGAGGGAUGUUACUAUCUACCAGAAGUAUAUUAACAUUUCUCCCUUUUGGUCAGUCUUUGGGCACCUGACAAUCACUGGUCAUCUUACAUCCUGAUAAUCAUUGUAGACUCAUUCCAGGUUGGAAGGGACCUCAAGGAUCAUCUGGUCCAGUCUUUGCUGGUGAAAGCACAGUCUGGAUGAGUCACCAUCACCCUGUCCUGCUGAAUCUUAAGUCUCCAGUGCUGGGGAAUCCACCACUUGCUACAUAAUGGAGAGAUUAUUCCAAAGGCUGAUUAUUCUCCUUGUGGAAAGUUUUGUCUUGUGUCCAGUUGGAAUCUUCCCAAGCGUAACUUGCACAUAUCACUCCUCACGUUUCCAUAAGACUCCUUAUGAAAAGGGAAUCUCCAGCUUCUUAGUAGACACCCUUUAAAUACAGGAACACAGUAAUAAGGUGUGCCUAAGCUUAUUUUCUACCAGCUGGAAAAGUCCAGUUUUCUCAGCCUUUCCUCAUGUGACAGGCUACCCAGUAAUUUGGUCAUCUUUAUUGCCCUUUACUGCACCUUCUCCACCCUGUCCACAUCUUUUUUGUAUAGCAGGGACCAAAACUGCACACAAUAUUCAGAUGUGGCCUGGCCAGAACUGAGUAGAAUGGCAUAGUUACUUUAUUUCUCCUGGCAUUGAUGCAGCCAAGUCUUGUAUUGGCUUUCUUUGCUACAGCAACAAACUGUUCACUCACACUGAACUGCUUGUCCACCAGGACCCUCUAUGCUUUUCCAUAGAGCUGUUCCUUAGCCAGAUAGAUCCCCAGCCUGUGCUGCUCUCCUGGAUUAUGUUUUUCCAUGUGCAGGAUCUUAUAUUUGUCCUUACUGAACUUCGUAAGGCUCUUGUUAACCUAAUUUUUUAGCCUGUCCAGGUUUUCCUUCAGGCUGGCUCUCCCUUCCAAAGUGUCCACUGCCUCACUCAGUUGGUAUCACUGACAAACUUCAUCUGAGUAUAUGAAGUUGAUCCCAUAAUGCCAACCACUGAUGAAGAUACUAAACAGCCUUGGGCCCACUGUGGUUCCCUGGGGGACUCCACUUGUGGCAGUUGCCAGGGUGAGAGGGAGCAAUUUCCCACCACCCUCCAGGUGUGGCUGGGCAGCCAGUUUCCAACCCACUGCACGGAUCACAGAUCCACACCAUCACAUACACAUUUCUGUAGGAGGAGGCCAUGGGAAACCGUAUCAAAAGCCUUGGAGAUACCCAGGUAGACAACGUUCAAGCAGGUUCAUUUGUUGUGAGAGGCAAUCAAGGUUGUCAAGCAAAAUUUGUCCAUGGUCAGUCUGUGCUGGCUUUUCCUAAUCAUGGGUUCCAUUUGACUUGUAAAAGCACACAGGAAAAUUUUUUCCAUAGGUUUCCUAGGGAAUGAAGUAAUACAGAUGGCCCUAUAGUUUUCUGAGUCCUCUCUGAAGUCCUUGUAGACAGGAGUGACAUUAGCCUUCUUUUAGUCUUCUUGGAUGUCCCCCAAAUACCACAACUCAAAAAUUAUGGAGAGUGCCCCCACAGCUAUAUGGGCCAACUUUCCUUGGUUGGAUAUUGUCAAGAGCACAUUGAUGUGUAGAGGUCAAGCUCCUUUAAUAGCUCACACACCAACCCUUCCUUCACAGAUACUGGGUCUGUGUUUGCAUCAGCCAGGAUUUUUUCACAAUGGGUGGAGCUGACAGAAGGACAAGGAUGAAGAAAGGAAGAAGAUUCACAGAGAACUGGGACAAGGUGUUUGAUUUUUUUAAACAGAUAGAGUUUUAUACCGAAAAGUUCAGAAGUUGGCCACUGUUCAAACUUUGGAUAGGACCAGUGCCUGUCAUAUUUUUGUACCACCCUGACAGUGUGGAGGCUAUUCUGAACAAUUCAAAACAUAUAGAAAAAUCAUACCUAUACAAAUUCCUACAUCCAUGGCUGGGCACUGGACUUCUGACAAGCACUGGAGACAAGUGGCGGUCACGGAGGAAGAUGAUAACUCCCACAUUCCACUUUGCAAUCUUGAGUGACUUUCUAGAGGUCAUGAAUGAGCAAGGAAAUAUUUUGGUGAAGAAACUUGAGAAGCAUGUUGACAAGGAGCCAUUUAAUGUCUUUAUGGACAUCACUCUGUGUGCCCUUGAUAUUAUUUGUGAAACAGCAAUGGGCAGGAAUGUGGGUGCCCAGAAGAAUAAGGAUUCUGACUAUGUUUCUGCUAUCUACAGGAUGGGUGAUCUAAUCCAACGGCGACAGAUGAGCCCUUGGCUUUGGCCUGACUUUUUGUAUGUGUUGUUCAAACAAGGAAGAGAGCACAAUAGGAAGCUCAACAUCCUUCACAAUUUUACAGAUAUGGUCAUUGCAGAAAAAGCUGAAGAGCUUAAAAACACCCAGCAAAAGAAACAUGAUAAUGAUGGUAACUCUGAAGAAAGUGGUUCCAAAAAGAGAAAAGCAUUCCUGGACAUGCUGCUGAAUGCAACAGAUGAUGAAGGGAAAAAAUUGAGCUACAGGGACAUUCGUGAGGAAGUGGAUACUUUCAUGUUUGAGGGCCAUGAUACAACAGCAGCUGCUAUGAACUGGGUCUUGUACUUGCUUGGACGUAAUCCGGAAGUUCAGAAGAAGGUUCACAGGGAAUUGGACGAGGUGUUUGACAAUACUGAACGUCCCGUUACAACGGAGGAUUUGAAGAAUCUUCGAUACCUUGAAUGUGUUGUGAAAGAAGCUCUUCGUCUCUACCCUUCAGUUCCCAUGUUUGCCCGUUCCUUGAGAGAGGAUUGCUGCAUUAGGGGAUAUCAGAUACCAAGAGGUGCAAACGUCCUCGUUUUAACUUAUGCCCUGCAUAGAGACCCUGAGGUCUUCCCUGACCCGGAGGAGUUCAGGCCUGAGCGAUUCUUCCCUGAAAAUUCUAAGGGAAGGCACCCAUAUGCUUAUGUCCCCUUCUCAGCUGGUCCCAGGAACUGCAUUGGUCAGCGCUUUGCACAAAUGGAGGAGAAAACUCUUCUAGCCCUCAUCCUGCGGCGCUUUUGGGUGGAAUCGUGUCAAAAGCCAGAAGAGCUUGGUUUAUGUGGAGAAUUGAUUCUUCGUCCAAAUAAAGGCAUCUGGAUUAAACUGAAGUCUAGGACACCAAAUACUGGAUCAGAAUGAAAGGAAUUUCAAGAGUUUACUUCCAAAAGUUUUCAAUCUAUUUAGUCUGAGACAUAUUUUAAAAUCAAAUAUUUUGAUGUCAGUCCAGAAAUUUGUUAAAACUAGUUGCUAUUGUUUUAUUAAAGAAGAUGCAGUAAUAGCCCUAGUUGUUCUACUUUUAUACUGCUUGUGAACUUCAUGUUGAUCUUUGAAAUGCAAGCCUUUAAUCCUUAAAUUUUAGUGCCUUAUGUGCUCAGAUGAAACUAUUCUAUUGCCACAGUGCCAUAAAAACUGAGCUAUGGUAAUAACAGCAGCAAUGCCUGUGAUGAAGUGAUCACCUUACAUGCCAUAGCAUUUUCAAAGUAACUGGGAAGUCUCAAGUGUUUGUAAGGUUUUCAGGUUUCUUUUUUUCUGAAAAAUACAAGUGAUAAUCCUUCUUCUUUGCAUAAUUUUUUUUUUUUGGUGAUGAUUGCCUCUGUAAAGACCACACAAAAAUCUGUGAUCAUUUCACUCCUUCUUGGAAGCAUUUAAAGUAGUUUGUAAGAAGGGAGUGGUCUGAAUUAUUUUUUAGCAAACAGUACCAAAAGCAUUAACCAUAGCAGGAACUAGACCUUAUGCAAAUUACACACAGGAUUUCAUAAUGACAAAAGCAAUGUAUUAUUACAAAUUUUGAGAAUAAACUCAUGCAAUGCCUCAAUGUGGACUGAAAUGGUACCUGUUGAUAUUGCAUGCCUCUGUGCAGGUAAAUUGCUGAUGAAUAAUUGUUUCUUAGCAUCAGUUCCUCUAGGGGUGAGAAGCUGGAGGUCAGAGCUGAUAAAACUAAUUUGGACUGGUCCAGAAAUGAUUAAUGUGUUACAAAGUAGGAAAUGAGUAAUCUGUUCUCACUCAUUUUGUUGACAUUUACAUAUUUUUUUCUCUUGUCUGUUUCUGUUUCCUUUCAACAACACUUAGUCACUUAAUACCUAGGAUACUGCUGUACUUUGCAGAAUAUCAUAGUAAUGACAAAAUAAUUGAUAUUUGUUCCAAAUAAAUUAGAGGUUUCCUUGAACCCGCCAAACUCUAUGUAUUCUGAUAAGCCUAGAUUUUACCAUUUUCUGAGGAUUUACUAAAAAGAAAGUGUGUAACAAUUAGUUUAAAAAAUGAAAUCACAGAUUUUGAUGAAUAGUCUACAAUCACUGUAUUUAUUUUACCACUAAGACAAAAGAGCCUUUAACAAUAGUAAUACUUGCAUUCUUCAGUCUUCUUUUUCAAAGAUAGGUUUCAUUGCUGUAUAAUAACAAGAAUUUCAGUUUCCAGGGCUCAGUCUAAACAUUGUCUUCUUUAUAAUGAGAUAAUUUUUGAGACCACCUCCAUAUGUUAAUGGAUAUAAUACACAUGACACAAGUUUUCCUAAGAGACUCGAAAUUAAGGAAUUAUUUCCUUGGUUUUACAUACUUGGCAGUGUGAAUUUUCAAGGUAAAUAGGAUUAGUAUCCAGAAUAUGUUUUCUCAGGAAAUUUGGCAUGUAGUUGAAACCUGGAGAGGUACCUCAUAUCUUAAGGUAUGUGCUUAAGUUAAGGACUUUCAAGACAAAUGGAAACUAAUAUUACUUCCUUUCCUUCUGUGGGAUGUUUUUUGUAGAAAAUAUUUGUAAGAUAGACCAAAUUAUAACUUUAUUUUUCCAUAAGAUAAUUCUUACGAAUUUUAUCUACACUGACCAAUAUUUUUUCUUGCACUGUGCUUUUUUCUUGUACCAUGCUCUUUUCAUAAAAUGUGUGUGUAUCUCCUGUUAUUUCUUUAUACUCUUCAAAAUGGACAAGAAAAUAAUUGAGACAAAAACUGGAUAAAACUAUAAAAAGAAAAUCAUUAUGAAAAGUGCAUGGGCUCAAAUGCUGGCACGAGGAUGCCAAUGUGAAAAAUCCCUAUUUAGUGAUGCAAAAAGUGUCUUUGCCAAGAUAAGCAUUGAUGUAAUCCUAUAAUUGUGUUCUGAGCUGCUCUGAAAUGGCAGUGAUCUCUUAUCUUCUGUUGUGAAAAUUGGUUCUGAAGCAAUCUGAUGCUGCUAAGGAAAUAAAUAUUGAAUAAAACAGUACUGAACACAGUACUGAACAUACUGCCAACUUCGUGCCUGCUGGGUAGAUGUUAAAUACCUUGCAUUAUCUAGUGUGUUUUUAUUAGGUUAAAUCAUGUGGUGUGUAGCUGUUGGUAGUGGUCAGCAGCAAUCCUCUGGAUGUGGGGGUUUGUUUGUUAGUUUUGUGUGGUUUUUUUUUUGUUUGACUGUUGAUUUGAGUUUUUAUUUGGGGGGUUGUUCCUGUAGGAUUGUGGCAUGCAGCACGGCAUUGCAGGUUUCCUGAUAAAAUAAUGGGACAAUAAAAUAUUGUGUAAUAAAAACUGCAUGUGCAUAGUA